AUGGGUGGAGAAAGGGACAGGGGGAAAGGGACGCGGGGUAGGGAGGACAGGGGGAGAAGGGAGGGAGAAGGGGACAGGGGAAAAGUGACAGGGGGAGAAGGGAGUACUGGGGAGAAGGGAGGGAGAAGGGGACAGGGGAAAACUGACAGGGGGAGAAGGGAGUACUGGGGAGAAGGGAGGGAGAAGGGGACAGGGGAAAGGGACAGGGGUAGAAGGGAGGACAGGGGGAGAAGGGGGGACGGGAGGGAGAAGGGGGAACGUGAGGGAAAAGACAGGGGAAGAAGGGAGGGAGACAGGGAGACAAUGGUUAUGGGGAGUAGGGGGGCAAGGGGGAGAAGGGAGGACAGGGGGAGGGAACAGGGGGAAAGGACGGACAUGGGGAGAAGAGGGGAUAGGGGGAGUAGGGAGGGCAGGGGGAGAAAGAAGGAUAUAAAAGUUGGAGAAGGGAAGAUAGAACAGUUGGAAAAGAAAAGAUAG